CUGAGCUACAAAUGUGUUAGUGAAUAACACAAAACCAAGAUAGGACAAGAGAGAGACUGUAGAAGCCGGUUAAUUCGGCCAAAAACAAUCAGCCGGCUUUGCUUGCUGCCAUUUGCCAGCCCAGAAUAUCCUGCCAAAUUCUUCAUUUUCUUUCACCUCCCUUUUCUUUAUAAGCACCUAUUGUUGUAGACUCAGUCAUGUUCAAUUCUCCUCAAAGAUAGCUUCAUCCAAACAAAAACAAAAAAACUGCUAGUGCAUUUCUUGAUUGAGAUAUCAUGGUGAAGUUGAAACCGGGCAACGCCUUGAAUGGUGUGAACACUCCGGGGAUGAAGGUAAAACGCACUCGGAAAACCAUCCCUCGAGACUCUCCACCCAAGCGCAGCUCAGUUUAUCGUGGCGUUACAAGGCACCGGUGGACGGGGAGAUUUGAAGCACAUUUGUGGGAUAAGAACUGCUGGAAUGAGGCUCAGAACAAGAAAGGCAGACAAGUGUAUCUUGGUGCUUAUGAUGAUGAAGAAGCAGCUGCACAUGCCUAUGACUUGGCUGCUCUCAAGUAUUGGGGUCAAGACACUAUCCUCAAUUUUCCAUUGUCUACAUAUCAGAAAGAGAUUUUAGACAUGGAGGGACAGUCUAGAGAAGAAUAUAUUGGAUCAUUGAGAAGGAAAAGCAGUGGCUUUUCAAGGGGAGUAUCCAAAUAUAGAGGCGUGGCAAGACAUCACCACAAUGGAAGAUGGGAAGCUCGAAUCGGCAGAGUGUUUGGGAACAAAUACCUUUAUCUUGGAACUUAUGCUACACAAGAAGAGGCUGCCAUUGCAUACGACAUGGCAGCCAUCGAGUACCGCGGGCUUAACGCUGUCACAAAUUUCGAUCUCAGCCGUUACAUAAAAUGGCUAAGACCUAACAAUAACAAUAACAACAAUACGAACGCACACUCGGACCCAAGCUUAAACCUAGACUCACCGGGAGCCAUAACCUCCCCCCAACCGCCUUCAGACGCGGCCUUAUCCCAGCCACGGCCCCCCACCACGGCCACCGCCACAUCAGCCCUAGGUCUCCUCCUGCAAUCUUCCAAGUUCAAGGAAAUGAUGGAAAUGACACUGGCUGCAGAGUGCCCUUCCACACCAACACAGAGUGAUCCACCACAAUGCAGCAUUCCUGAUGACAUAAAAACGUGUUUCGGAUCCAACGAUUUUAGCGACUACAACGAGCAAGGAGAUGAUAUAUUUGGGGAGCUCUUCAUGCAGCCCAUGGUGCAAUUUGAUUCAAUGCUUAAUGGAGAAGAUUUGGUGCUAUAAAUUUUUAUUCUUUCAUUUUCAAUUAGUCGCAGGUUUCUCAGAGUCAAAGAGUGACAGAUUCUAAUAGGUAUGCUCAAAGCUAAUAUUCAAUUCUUUGAAUCAUCAUUUUUAUUUUUUGUAGAUACUAAUGUAAUAAAUCUGAGAAAUUGACUAGAUAAGAACAAUUGUUAAUUGUUAUUUGUUUUUUAUUUAUUAAUAAGACAUUUCUUUUGAAAUCUUAAA